GUUGUCAUCUUCCACCUCCAGCUCCCUCGUUUCAGUUUCUCCCUCGCAUCAUCCCCUCACACUCUCUUCCCUCCAUUGAUUCUCCAUCGAGCGGCCGCCGUUCCUGCUCACGCGCGAGCUCGCGAUCCUCGCGGCUCGAUCUCGCAUGCGAGAUUCCUUCCCGGGAAGGAGGAGGAGGAGGGGCGGGCUUCGUUUACCCCGGAAGGGGGAAGAGGAGGGACGGGACGCGGCUCCGGCGACAACCGCGGCCUGGCCUGAUCGACGCUCGGAUGCGAGUUCGCGCCGGCUCUCCUUUCUCGGAUGUCGACCGGCGGAGUAUGCGCGCCCAUCGGGGAGCUGCGCGAUCGAGCGCUCGACUGGUGCUCCCGCUGCUUCCCCUGCCUCGACGAUCCCGCUCGGAGAUCUUCGUUGGGGCUGAAGGUGUCUGUGGUGGCGCUGCAUCUCGUAUACGCGGGCUUUCUGUUUUUGUUUGACGAAGGCUUGAUCGAGAAGACGAGAAGGGAACCGUGGUACACUGCCUUGUAUUUGCUGCUUUUUGUUGCUGCAUUAAUCCAAUACUUCUUCACAGCUGGUUCUUCGCCAGGAUAUGUCCUUGAUGCAAUGCAAACUUACAAUGAAGCAAACUUACUGUUUAAGAGGAGUCCAACAGCUUCAAAACAUCCUGCUUCAAGCAAAUAUGGUCGCUUGACUGGGACUGUGGAUAAUGGUCAGUCUGGAAGAAAUUCUCUUGGAAGUAGUUCUUGGUCAAAGAUGGUGAUGGAAUUUUAUCCCACUGGAACUUCCAUGAGAACUUUGACAUGCUCGUACUGUAAUAUUGAGCAGCCUCCAAGAGCAAAGCAUUGUCAUGAUUGUGAUAAAUGCGUUCUUCAAUUUGAUCACCACUGUGUUUGGCUUGGAACAUGCAUUGGCCAGGGUAAUCACUGUCGUUUUUGGUGGUAUAUAUUUGAAGAGAAUGCACUGUGCUUGUGGACUGGCAUCUUGUACAUUGCAUACCUGAAGACUAGCAUAUCUGGGGCUUGGUGGAAGGAUCUGAUAAUGAUACUACUAUUAAUUUCUCUGGUGAUUUUAUUCAUCUUUCUUCUCCUACUACUGCUUUUUCAUAGCUACCUUGUGCUGACGAAUCAGAGCACCUAUGAACUUGUCAGACGUAGACGCAUCUCAUACCUCAGAGGAAUUCCUGAAGGACUGUUCCCUUUUAGUAAAGGUGUAUGCAGAAACUUGUACAGAUUCUGUUGUGCUCAAAGCAGCAUUUACGAUAUGGAAAGGCUGCCCACAGCUCUCGAACUUGAAGAGAAGUCAAGGCCAUACAAUUGCAUGGAUGUUCUAACAUGCCGUUGCUGCUAAGGUUUUGACGCAUUUGAAAUUCAACUCAACUAUUUUUCUCUGUGCAUAUUGUUUAGUUCAGAUGCUGGCAUUUACACUGUCAAAUUGCUUAUACGAGCUUGUUUGUUGUUC